UUCCUUUAGAUUCAGACCACGUAUAUCUUUUCCAAGUAUUCCUGGUACGUACAAACAAAGCAAACACACGACAAGCACAAACCCACCAAAUAGAUUAACUUUGAGAAAGCCAAAUGAAAAAUGGGCAUCCCCCGAAGACUGUGUUCUAGUUUGAACCUCUUCCAAGUUGUCAGAUUUGGCAGCAAGAAAAAAAGUUACAGUUCUCUUCAUCCCCCAAACCCAUCGUGUUCCAAUUCCUUCCUCACUCAUGGAAUCCACGUGUUUCAAUGCCCCGACACUGUUGGAAUUGUAGCCAAGCUAUCGGAUUGCAUUGCCUCUCGUGGUGGCAACAUUCUCGCUGCUGAUGUUUUUGUGCCUCAAAAUAAACGAGUCUUCUACUCUAGAAAUGUUUUUGUUUUUGACCCUGUUGUGUGGCCUCGAAUGCAAAUGGAGGAGGAUUUUCUGAGGCUCUCUAAAACAUUCAAUGCCAUGAGAUCUGUUAUAAGGGUUCCAGCUCUGGAUCCUAAAUAUAAGAUUGCUAUUGUCGCGUCAAAGCAGGACCACUGUCUGAUUGAUUUGUUACAUGGAUGGCAGGACGGAAGACUCUCAGUGGAUAUUACUUGUGUAAUUAGUAACCAUUUCAGAGGUCCAGAAAGCGAGGUGAUUCGUUUUCUUGAAAUGCACGGUGUUCCUUAUCAUUACUUAAGACCAACAGAGAAUAAAAGUGAACCGGAGAUCCUAAAGCUGGUUCAGAAUACUGAUUUCUUAGUACUUGCGAGGUAUACUCGGAUACUAUCAAGCACCUUUUUAAGGAGUUAUGGGAAGGAUAUAAUUAACAUCCACCAUGGUCUGUUGCCAUCAUUUAGUGGUAUCAAUCCAUCUAAACAGGCCGUUGAUGCAGGUGUGAAAUUAAUCGGCGCAACAAGUCACUUUGUGACUGAAGAACAUAAUGCUGGACCUAUUAUUGAACAAAUGAAUUCAUUUCGGAUACAUGCCGCUACCUAGAAUUAUGACAGCCAUUAAGAUGGAAUGAACAAAUUAUAAGUUGCCACUGGUGUGAUAUAUGAUAUGUGCCAGUUGGUCUUUUUUCUUGUUUAUUACGAAUCUCCUUUUACAAUCUUUUUUCCUGAUGUUUGUAAACUCUUUUCAUGAUUGUAUUAGGUUGUGGUAAAAAAAUGUACAUUGUACUAGCUUAGUCUCAAAGUUAACUUUAGUUUUAAAGUCAGAGUAAAUAGUUUAUAUACAGACAACAAUUUAGAGUUUCUUUUAUCAUUAUUCAAUCACAAAUCAUCACAUUUGUUAUAUGUUUGUUCGCUUUUAUGAUAAUUACUUUAUAGUCAUACUUAUUAUAAUUUCUGAUUAGUUAACUUUUUCGUUGGUGGUGCGUAAAAAUCAAAUUCUUUAUACUCAUGCAAAAUUUGAUUUAUGCUCUGAAGAUGAAUUUCCUUACAGAUUUUCAUGUAAUUGUGAUGUCUUAUUCUAAAAAGAGAACAUUCACAUUUACUUUGUGCUAAGAUUCAUAGGUUAGCAUUGAUCCCAUUAAGUAUAUCACACUUUAUUUGACUAUUGGAAGCAGUAAAAUAACAUUCAUAAAUUAAGCAGAGGCGUGAUUUAUUUUAUAAUUAACUGAUGGCUUUAAGUAUGCCCUGGCCCCAUUUU